UGGUCAACAACUGGACAAGAUGGUGGCAAUUGUUGGCGAGCACGAUCAGACGGUGAAAGACCUGGGGGAACAAGCAUUCGCUCUUCAAAAAGUCAUUGUACAUGAACUGUAUGAGGAUAACACCAAGGAUUAUGAUAUUGCAUUAGUCAAGAUUAAACCAGCACGUAAUGGUAGUGGCAUUCAGUUCAACAGUUACGUACAGCCGGUCUGCCUACCUAGUCCCAACGAGUUUUUAAGAAGUGGCAUGAAAUGCACAGUUGCCGGAUGGGGCUAUCUCAAUCAAA